AUGACGGUUCUAUCAAAAAACAGCUCUUCGAGCACAACAUCAGAGCUCCCACUCUUUUCCAAUGAGUCAUGUUAUGACGAGGGUUACGUUCGUCGCUUUGCUGCUAAAGUGUGCGGGGUGGGCUAUGAGGACAUUGUCGAAUUUAUCCGUUGUACGCCCAUCCAGGAGGGUCUUAUGUCUCUUUCGGUCAAGCGACCAAGUACUUAUGUUGCUCGAUACGUGUACGAGCUGCCCAAAAAUCUCGAUAUUUCUAGAUUUCUCGCUGCAUGGAAGGCCAUGGCAAACGCGCAUUCUAUUGUGCGCACAAGAAUUAUUCACGCCGGGUUUGAUGGCAUGUUCCAAAUUGUCUUGUGCAACCCUCCUCAGUGUACUAUAGCUCGGGACCUCCAGGACUAUUUGCACACGGACUGCCAGAAAGGGGUUCAACUGGGAGAGCCACUGAUUCGGGCUGCUCUGGUGCAAAAUAAUGCUUCAUCAACGCUUUACUUCGUGCUAACCUUGCAUCACGCUGUCUAUGAUGACUGGUCCCUGGCUCUGAUGCUGGACCACAUCGAACAAGUCUACGAAGGGCUGCAGCCUCCACCGCAGAGGUUCUUCACUUUUGCAAGUUGCGUACAACAGUCCCGCAACUCGACCGCGAAAGAAUUUUGGAAGGCGGAAUUCUUCGAGUUUGAUGCCGCAGCAUUCCCCGACCCCUCCAAGGCCGGCUUUGUUCCCAUUGGAAGCAAAUCCUUGAGCCAAAUGACCAAGUGGGAAACAGACCAGGAUUUUGAAUCUCUCGCCGAAGUCAUCGAGCUUGCGUGGGCCAUUCUGUGUUCAUGGUACACUGGCUCGUCGGAGGUGGUAUUCGGCGUCACUACGACUGGGAGGAGAGCCUCGAUACCGGGCGUGAAGGAAAUGUCCGGGCCAACCAUUGCGACCUUUCCCUUGCGGAUGAGGCUGAAAAAGGAUAACUCAGUCAAUGAGUCCCUGCAGGAGCUCAAGGGACGCAUGGAACAAAUUGUCCUCCAUGAGCAGCUCGGGCUGCACUACAUUGCCCAAGUUUCGCCCGAAGCAGCCAGGGCAUGCGAAUUCCAUAGCCUACUUGUGAUACAACCAAGACGGCGGGAUGAUUACCGUAUAUUUCGCGAAGUGACUCGGGAGCAGAACCUGUCCAACAAUUCAACAUUCGGUACAUAUCCGAUAACCUUGGUGUGUGAACCCAACAACUCAGGAGUCAGUGUAGAAGCCGUCUAUGACGAGCGGACGAUUUCCGAAGUCCAGAUGCAGAGGAUUCUGAAUCAACUGUCGCACUUGCUGAGCUGGAUCAAUAUUUCAGGACACGAGAGACUCAGUGACAUACCGACCAUUUGUGCACAAGAUCGAGUACAAUUACUAGCCUGGAACAGCUCGGAUACUCAUCUUGCACAACGCUGUGUUCAUGAUAUAAUCAGGAGAGAGUGCUCAGCCCAUCCAAACUCGUCUGCUGUCUGUGCUGCAGAUGGACAGUUCUCAUACUCUCAAUUAGAACGACAUUCAUCGCGCCUUGCAGCCCGUCUGGAGGAGCUGGGUGCUGUGCCGGAAGGAUUUAUCCCUAUCUAUUUCAACAAGUCCAAGUGGGUACCCGUUGCUAUGCUGAGCGUGAUGAUGGUGGGCAGUGCCUUUGUUCUGCUGGACCCCAGCGUGCCUUUCCAACGGAACGCCGAGAUCUGUCGCCAAGCAGGUGCCAUGAUCAUUGUUUCUUCAUCCUCACUGGAGACAGAAGCUUCCCAGUUCGUCCAAACCGUCGUUACCCCGAACGAAAUCUGCAACAGAUUGGCCGCAACAGUCGCAGCCGAAUGGAAAUAUCAGAACUCAUUAGUAUCUCCCGAAAAUGCCCUCUACGCAACCUUUACCUCGGGGUCCACUGGCAAGCCCAAAGGAGUUGUCAUCCAGCAUGGCUCCUUCUCCGUCAGUGCUGCCGCGUAUAUUGAGAGGGUGGGUAUGGGUCCUCAAGUCCGUGCUCUGCAAUUCGCCUCGUAUGCCUUUGAUGUCAGUAUCUCCGAUACGCUCGUCACACUCAUGGCGGGCGGUUGUAUCUGCAUUCCGUCGCCCGAGGAUCGCCUGAAUAAUCUUCCCAAGGUAAUCGGUCAGCUGCAGGCUAAUUGGGCUGAUCUGACGCCCUCUCUCCUUCUCGCUUUCAAACCUGCGGACCUGCCCGGAUUACAUACCAUUGUCCUGGGCGGGGAAGCCUUAUCUCAGACCGAUGUUGCUACCUGGAGUCCACAUGUAAGAUUGAUCAAUGCUUAUGGGCCAGCGGAAUGCUGUGUCCUGUCAACGGUGCAGCUGGACCUGCGCCCUGAUUCCGAUCCCUUGGAUAUUGGCUUUGGAGUCGGGUGUCGGUGCUGGAUCGUGGAUACCGAGACUGGUUCUAACUUGCUUCCUAUUGGGGCCGUAGGAGAACUCGUCAUCGAAGGCCCUACUGUCGGGCGAGGAUACCUGACUCCUGAGAUCAAAACUAGUUCAUUUACAAAGAGCCCGCCCUGGUUGUAUAGUAUGCUGCUGAAAGAGGUCAGUCCUCACCGGAUAUAUAAGACCGGGGAUUUGGCGAAGUUUACCGAUACCGGGAGCCUCCGGUUCAUGGGUCGGAGUGAUCAACAGGUCAAGCUCCGUGGGCAACGGCUGGAAUUAGGGGAAGUUGAGUACCACCUCCGCCAAUAUCUGAGGAGUAGUGGGGUUGUGGUGGCGGAUGUCUUCAAUAUGGAGGCCAGUGAAUCCGCGACGCUAGUAGCCCUUGUGGAAGUUGAGAAGUCACAGAGAACAACUACUCUCUGCGAGGACUCCGAUCAUGCUGGCCACGAAAUCAACGUUUCACCAGAUCUCAGCGUGCUCGCAGAGAUGGAGCGAAUCCGGGAUGAGCUCAAGCAAAGUGUACCUGGAUAUAUGGUCCCUGCCUUUAUCAUCCCCGUUGACAAGGUGCCAUGCCAGGUGUCUGGGAAGAUUGAUAGAAAAAAGAUACAUCAAGUAGGACCGAUGCUUUUGCAAACAAUCCAAGAAUACAGGGCGGCGCACCAUGAUCGACAGCUGCCGGUCACCGAGUCGGAAAUCCUUCUAUCCCACCUUAUUGGUGACAUACUCAAGGUUUCGGUUGAGCAGAUAGGGUUAGACGAUACGUUUGUGAAUCUGGGGGGAAACUCUAUAUCGGCUCUUCAGCUUGUUGGGCUAGCACGAAAGAGCGGCUAUGGCAUCCGGGUGAUAGAUGUUUUCUCCCAUCCUCGGAUUCGACAGCUGUCUAAGCGAAUGACUCGC